ACAGAAUUCCUUGGAGCAGGGAUUUUCAAAGUGUGGCACAUUGAGGCUCCCUUCAGAGAACAUAAUACGGCUGGAGCCUCCCCCUACUUCCAGGAGAACCUAUUUUCUGGAACUUAUUUUGUGGCAUUUUCUUCUCAAGCUGCUGCAGUUCCCCUGAAGUCUUCUUGCAUCUCCCCCUACCUCAAAGCCAUCGCUCUCUUGUAUAUUUUCUGUUCGUAUUUACUCACCGACUCUGUCUCGCUCACAAGAAACUGGUGGAACUUCUCCAGCAGAGGAGACUUCCUAAUGAUCUUCCGGCUCAGGUUGGUGUGCCAGGCUUGCUCAUCAGGAUACCUGGAAAAGUGGGCAAAAUGAGUGAGGAUUUCUUAUGUGGUGUGACUUUGCAUGAAUUAUAAUAUUUGGUUCACCAGCUGAGAGGCUGUGGAGCCUCAACCUUCUGCCCAUCAAUCUCCAACUCCUUAAAGUAUUUGUCCUUCAGACAGUGAAGGAUCUCCUUGGCGUGGCUGGAACCAGGUAGAGCAGGACAUAUUUACUUGGUCAUCCACAACAAUAUGCUGUGACAAUCUUACCUCUUGUAUCCAGUGAUGCGUAUAGUUACUGGUAGUGGUUCCCUCAUUACGUCCAUAAACUGUUCAAAUUCUCCCUCUGGAACCAAGCCUUGCUCCUUGUAGUAGUGCUCAAACAGCUUGUUUUCUUUAACAAUGUCAGCAUAACCAGCACCCCAGCCCUGAAACACAUUUAGUUCACUUCAAUGAAUUACAUUUAAUUUAUUUAGUGAUUCUGUUAUAAUAACUGGUUUUGCUUUGACAAUAGCUAUUUCAGGACUAUACAACACUGCAGAUUUUGUCUCGGUCUUUGUUAGCAUGUUAAAAACACCAAAAACAUUCAAGUAGAAGAGUGGCUCUUACAGGGAUAUCUCUGUGGUCCCUGCCUGCUGCAAGCUGGUUUUUCUGUCUUUGUCUGCUUCUUUUCCCCAUUUUGGAGACCAGUACACCGCUGGAUGAACUUAAACGAAUGAGCGUGUUUCGAGGACACAACAUAAAGUAGUGUACAACUCGGCUAAAAUGUUAGCAGUGAGCCGCUAUCCUAUGUUGUAUCCCAGAAGCAUGUAGCCCACUGAUGUAGCCGCGCUGACGCAUGUGAAUUAGGACCCUUCUAAGCGGCAUCUACGGAUGCCUGUAAGGAAUACAGUACAGUUUGUGUGAAGAAAAGAACACUAAACAUUGUUUUUACACAUAUGAGGGGCUGGGGCAAACCACUAAACGAGGGGUUGUGUUUGAGAAGUAUUUUCUUUCACUCGUGAUAUUGAUUUGCAUUUAUGAGCAGGCAGAUCCUUGGACACGGCAUUCGUAGAAAGACAAACAGUUUAUUAAACUUGUUAUUUUUGUGUUUUCUUCUGUCUUGGCACACGCAUUAUUAAAUGUAACAUCACGAGUCGCUUCAGUGUGUUCAAUACGUGUAACACAACACCAUCUGUUUGGCAGAUGAAAUUAGUAGUCAUGUGUAAAUUUAAGACCUCAAUAAAAACUUUCCACGUUCCACGUGUUCCUGUUAACGACGAUUCCUCAAAUGAUUGAAGUAUCAAAGUAUCGGUAUUUUUGAUUCGAUAAUUUUAGAGCGUAAAAAACUGGUAUCGGAAGUAUCGAUAUUUCCGUAUCGACAUCUACAUCACCAGAGAGUUGGCACCGAGCGGUCAUGUGAUUUUGGUCCAUUACGGCACCACCCUGUCUUACAAUGGGACUUCCCUCGACUUCAGACUACUGUACUCGAGGCACCAUUUUCUUUGUCACUAUUAUUCAUUCAAAAUGGACAGUCUUCUUUCGGUGAUCUUCUCUUCAGAAGAGGAAGAGCAGUACGUCUUGGACUGCAUGGCUUAUUUCAUGUUAUUAAUGGCAGCCUGCGCAUUUGUUUCUUUGUUAUUUAAGAAUGUGCCAUAUGGGCGAUACGCGAUAUAUGGACAUGGAUUUCCAGUGAACGUCAAGUUCGCUUGGUUCGUUCAGGAGCUGCCGGCGUUCCUGGUGCCUGUGUGUCUGCUAGUGUGGACUUCUUCUGCCAAAACAUCUAUGCUCACUAACCAGUUGAUCAUUGCUAUGUAUCUCUGUCACUACGCACAGAGAUCGCUGAUUUAUCCAUUUUUAAUUCGUGGAGGUAAACCAACACCGUUCGUCUCGUUUGCCUUGGCGACUGUUUUCUGCAUCUACAACGGCUUCAUGCAGAUCAGAUACCUGAGCCACUAUGCUGAGUACCCUGCAGACUGGAUUACACGACCAUGCUUCAUUGCGGGAUCUGUGCUGUGGUUCGUUGGCUGGCUGAUGAAUUUGCAUUCUGACCACAUUCUGAGGAACCUGAGGAAGCAUGGAGAGACGGGUUAUAAAAUCCCCAAAGGUGGAAUGUUUGAGUAUGUGUCUGGAGCCAACUUUUUAGGAGAGAUAACUGAAUGGGUGGGCUUCGCUCUGGCGGGCCAAUCUGUACACAGCGCAGCCUUCGCCGUCUUCACCAUCGUGGUCCUCAGGAGCAGGGCUGUGGACCACCACAAGUGGUACCUUACUAAAUUUGAAGACUACCCAAAAACAAGGAAGGCAUUAAUCCCUAUUUUGUAUUAGAAUAUACUGCAUUUUUUUUUAGUUUUUUUUUUUAUUUUUUAUUCCAAAAGUAUUAUAGAGUUUCAAUGAUAGCUAACAUUAGUAUCUAAAGGUAGCUAUCAUUAGCUGACAACAAUCAUAACUCAUGCUUGUGUUACGUAAAGUGUAGUUUACAUACUCAAAGCAGGAAGCGUAAUGCUUGCAGUACAUUCAAAAGUUAGUGCCCUCUAGGCAGCCGUACUGUGGAGGAAGGGAGCCCGCCAUGUUUUUGACUGGAUGAAUUAUUUUCAGCCGGUCUAUGUAUUUUUAUUAAGAAAGUCCCCCGUCAGCAACUGUCCUUCUGGGACCUCCCAUGAAGAACAGUGGCAAGACCACAGGAAGUUUCUUUUAAAGCAGAACAAGACAAUGAGUCUAAUAGUUUUGAUAAAGAUUUUUAUAAAACUGUCAGUUCUUUAAAUCGUAAAGUUGUGAUUCACAUUUUUGGAGGAGCGGACUGAUGAGAAAAGCACACAUAUUUUUUAUACAGAUCCAUUCAUUUUAUUAUUUUUCAUCAUGGUAGACAUUACACUUCUCCCUCAUUUCUUGGGAAACUACUUUGUUACUGCCGCCUUCAGGACGGGAAGCUAUCUUCAUUGACACAAUGUAGGAUUGUUUAGGUUUUUUGGUAUAUUUUGUGUUGUUUUUGAUAUUCUAACUUGCACAGUAAGUGGAAUCUACCUCUGUUUGUUAUUAUAGAUUCUAUAAUAACAAAUAUACUAUAUAGCUACUUAGUAUUAUUGAUUAACAAACUGAUAGUUUGAAGUGGAAGCAAAGCCACCACACAACAGCUCUCUAAAGAGGGACAUAUUCUCCUCCAUUGACCAUUUAAAAAAAGGAAAUGCAAAGCAGGCUUAUCAUAUUUUUGUACCUCAAGAGUUAUCAGUUCUAUUUAACACCCACUUGACUGGAAUGGAUAAGUAAGGGAACAUCUCACAUACAAGACAUCAAAUGUAACCACACCUACAGCCUGUAACUUUAGCAGGGCUGUCCUUGGCUUUUAGACCUGCUGUGAGCAAGUAUGGCUCUCAAUAAAUACUCAGCUAUGCCUGAAAUAAACGGUGUCACCUGAACACAUCACUCCUGUCAGGGUUUAAAGAGACUUGAUGCCUUAUUGUAGCAAAGGGAAAAGUUAUGUUAGAGACUACAGAAUAAAAUGUUCAUUCAUAUCAUGACUUCAUUAGACUAUUUACAAUCUAAAGUGACCUUUUAGGUGCCGGUAGUACUGAGUGGGGUGUAAACCGAGUGCCGUCUUCAUUUUGCUCACCAUAAAUCUUCAAUCAACACAGGACAUACAGUAUUUCCAAACCGCUGUUCCUGCCAAUGAGGUUACACAUUAUAUAAAAGAAAAAGCUUUUUAUUUGAAAUAAA